CUUGGGAAUGGACAACAAUGAAGUCCUUCGUGAGUUCGGCAGUUAAUAAAUCGGGCAAGAAGUUUGCCCCGAAGGCGCCGCCCCGCCGCGGUGCGCCGGGCCCUGUUGCGCCCGCGAGAAGACCAAGUGCAGCUCAGCAGCCCCCAGCGCAAGGUGCCCAGGGUCAACAGCAGGAAAGGGAUAUAACAGAGUCCGUACCUCCGCCAUCUGGGUCGUCUGUGGAGCCGGAACAACCUGCAAUCCCUGAGUCGGCCCCAGCUGUCGUUUCAGAGGCACCCCCAGCAGCUCCAACCUCCCCAAAAUCAGCUACCCCCAUCUCAAUCCCCCGCCCAGUUCGCAAACCAUCGAUAUCUAAACCUACUACCGUUGCGCAGGCGCCGCCUGCUUCACCCUCCACCAACCUACCCGACACUCCAGCCUCGCCUCGAACAUUACCAACCGAAACAAAUGUCCUGCCAUCAAUCGAGACUGAUAUCCCGCGGUCAACGUUGGUCGAGGAAUCGACUGAGGCAACUGAAGUGACCGAGGUAGCAGUCCCUUUAGCAGAUACACGUGUUUCAGACGAAGCCAUUUCACCACGCCAGUCCGUUUCGGAGCCCCAACCUACAGCAUCCGCUCCCGUUACUGGCCGGUCUUUGAAAUGGGCUAAGAAAACUUCCGAAUUUACAAAUCGUGGCAGGGGCCCAGUACACGCCGUUGCCCCACCAAUCUCCUCUACAGCAUCGAGUGAGACACCAGGUGGAUCGCUGGUACCCGUGACUCCCGAAGCGAGCCAAGUAUCUGCAAAAGGGAAGAAACGGAAGGUAUCCAAGGUAUCGGAUACUGGCCGCGACUCUGAACGGCCGAAGCGUCGCCCCAGGAAGCGUGAGCCGACCCCAGAGGGCGCAGAGAUGGUGGAAAUUCUACCCAACGUGGUCAAGAUGUCUGAGCUUUGCAAAGACCUCAAAACCGGACGGAAGUCAAGGCGAGAGACCGAAUUGCGCAAGUUGGAGUUGGAGGAGCAAGAACGCAAGCAAAAGGCGCUAGAAGAAGGCUCAACUCCCGAAACGCCGAAGAAAGUGAACGAUUCGGAUGCCAAUAAGACAGAUCCUCUUGCUGCGCCCAUACCACAGUCUGGACCAGUCAUGCGCAUCGUCAACGGCGAGAUUGUGCUGGACAAUGCGUCGCUGGAAGUGGAUCGUCAUGCAGAUGCUGCGCGAGCUGCAGGCGACCUCGAGGACGUGGUGGAAAAUCAGCUUACUCGGAAGGUUAACCAGGCCACAUACGGCAAACGUACCAAGAACGAAUCAUGGGAUGAGGACAUGACCGAUCUGUUCUACCGCGGCUUGCGCAUGUUCGGUACAGACUUCAUGGUCAUCAGCAAGCUUUUCCCGGGACGGUCUCGCCGUCAGAUCAAGCUGAAAUUCAACAAUGAAGAGCGCAAAGAUCCACAGCGGAUUAAGGAUACUCUUCUUGGGCCGCGUGAGACUAUCGACAUCGCGGCCUACUCUGCGUUGACCAACCAGGUUUACGAGGACCCCAAGAUCAUUCAGCAAGAAUUGGACGACGAAAAGAAACGCAUUGAGGAGCAGCACGAGAAGGAAAAGCAGCUGCAUGAGGACCUGAUGCGCAACCCCACUGGCACAGGUGUCGAUGACAACGCUGCUUCCAACGGCGAUAAGAGCAACGGCGUUCCCAUCAAGGGCAAACGGAAAAAAAACGUGAAGAAUGCGGCCGGUGGUGGUACGGAGGAAGUCCUCGGUUCUAUCGACGACAUUCCCAUGGCUUGAAGCUUUUAUUUCCCUUUUUCAAAGCGGGUGUUCUACAGGGUUCGGUACUUGGGAUGGAUACACCAGGAGGUUUGCGGCGUUUUUCCUUUUCAUGGAUGAUAUACAUAGGUUUAGCCGACGGUCGGAGCCAUGGCGUUUCUUAAUUGCUAGACAGAGCUCUCGUCAUCGAUUCUCACUAUUUUCCAUAUCGUUUGUGCCAAAAUUGCUCGAACAGUAUGGUAUUCAUAAGUUUUGUGCUAGUAAAUAUUUUUCAAGAUGGCUUACAGACUACCUACGCCUUGUCGACCCAAAUCCAGUGCUGGUUGACGUGGUUGAGAACGAUGGCGACGAACGUGUCUGCGAGCUGCUCUCUCCAGCGUCGUAAUUAUUUUGUCGACCGAAGAAUGAUCCUUCUUGUCGAGAAGAAGCUCGGUUAUUGGAACCAGCCCGCCGGCCCAUCUCAUAUCCCGCUGCAGCGCCACCCAUUGCUCCCGUCCAGAAACCUGGUCGCCAGCCCUGCGUAGCAGGUCGACUUCCAAAUCCAAAACUGGAACUGUCAUCAGCACAGGCGCUGCUGUAUGAAGGCGGAGGCCCCGGAUAAAAGCCAUCACCACGACCACCACCGCCGCCGCCGCCUCCUCCCCACCCCCAUCUUCGUCCAGUAGUCCCACCUCUCUGAUUCCCCCUCCGUCGACCAAGACAUUCAGAAAGAAAUCGGCCAACAAUGAACAAGAAAACAGCAGCGAAGAAACCAAAGAACACGAUGUCUCCGACGGUCUCUACCCCCUUCUUCCAACCACGUCCGGAUGUCUUCUUUGCUUUCCCAAACAGGGAAGACCACUCGUAGUCAUCACUGGCCUUUCCGAACCUCUUCUCUCCCUGGUCCGUGAGGAGCAUACGGUAUUCGACACCGCAGCUACCUUUGAGUACCCACUUAUCCUCUGAAUUCCGAUACCCUUCGCACACGACGUCUGUUGCGCCGAGCUUGAACUCGGGUGGCAGUGAGGCUGUACAAGUCCAUUGUACAUCUUCGGCAUCGUAGUCAUAGCCAUCAUUUGUGCAACGCAUUGCAUCGAUCCGGUAGAGAUCGCAUACUUUCUUGGAGGGCCCGACACAGCUCAGCUGGGGGAUGGGGGACACACGUCGAGAGGUUGUUUCGCGGUUGCCCCGAAGCGUUAAGGUUUUGACAUUGGAUAAGAGUAUGGCAUCUUUGCCCGGUGGCUUUUGCGAUCUAUCGCAUACUGCUGGUGAGGCCAGGAGCAGCGUCGGCAGUGCUAGCGAUAUCCAGUGCAUCGUGGUGUAGCUCCUGACAAGGCUCGAUGGUGGGAGCUUGGUGGGAGCAGAGAUUGCUGGAGAUGGAUGGCAAAAAUUAGUUAAAAACAAAUCAAAAGGCCAGUUUGGCGUCUAUGAAUCAGGCUGCAAGCUUUGAGUCAUCGAGAGAUCGACCCCAUCGACUCCAUAAACAGUUCACAAGUGGCGUG